ACUGAGGAGAGUGGUCGCUUUGCCUCCGCCAUCUUAGCUAAUCGCGCCAAUAGUAAAAAAAAAUAAGUUGUUGUGGUUAAAAAAAAAAAAGAAAAAAAUUGCUGGUUGGUUUUUUUAAGACAGGAUUAUUGUGCCCCCGAUUUUCUUGUGCAAAACUAUUGGAGCAGGUAGUGUUGUGUUUGUUUUCCUGAUUUGCGGAUUUUGCUUUCAUUUGCACGAUCAAAAUGAAGCGCCUAUGGGGACUGUAGCGAAAGUGAAAUGACUCACAUGCUCGCCACCAAAAGAAGGAGAUAAUAAUAUCAAUGAUAUCGAAACGAGUCUAUCGGUAGAACAUCUCGAGGUACCAAAACCGGGGUACCUCUUACCCGAUGUCCAAUGAAACUGAUGCCAAGAGUCACGAAGCCCACGAUGGCGAUGGGGUAGAGAGGUGCGACAAAACCGAUAACGACACGAAGGAGCCCAGAGAGGGCAAGCAGAGAUCAGUUUCAUUUAAUAGGGACGUCCACGUCAAACGAUUCGGUAAACCGCGAGAGCGGGGUACCUCUUCAGAAUACCAAGCACCUGUAAAAAUAAGAAAGGAACCAUUUACUCAUCUCUCUGAAGAACAAUUAAUAGAAGAAGCCAACAAAGUUCUAGCGCAAGCCCAAAGCGUUACCUGCACAGCUGAUAAUCCUCCAGAAAAGUUUUUUUCACUUCCGCAUCGAAGGAAAUUUAAAGAAGACAAGUCACUUAGACGCAGUAACGAAGACGGUGAUAUUCCAGAAGAAAUAACAAAACUACCUCUAGGAAGAUCUACCAGUGAUGUAACACCAAGAAAGAAGAAAGAACGUACGUCACUAUCAACUCUUUUUAGGAAAUCUCAAAAAAAUAAACCCGAGCCAGUAGUUGUUAAGACAAAACCAAUAGUUGUUGUCAAAAGAAGUAAAAGUGACGUUUCUGAUUUAAAAUCUAACACUAGCCUGAAUAAAACAAAACCGAUACGCAAGAGAUCAGGAAGUGAAACUGAGGAGUUUCUCAAAUCACUAAGAAAUAAAAAAUCACAAUUGUCACCUAUUAUAGAAAGCUCGCCACGAGAAGAUUACUUUAAAACUACAUCGCCUUUGGACGAACAUCAAAAGCAAAAGGACCCAAUAAUUAAUAACAAGACAGUCAAUCCUAUUGAAAAACCGCCCAGACAAAAUAAGACCCCAGAAAAGCCAGAACCAAAACCUCCUAUUAGAAAUAAAAGAGGAAAGUCGUCUGAAAAGGAACUAUCUCCACCCAUAUCCGAAACACCGAAACGAAAAACAGAAAUUAGAAAGACUAACCUGAGUGAUGAAAUAGAUUCUAAAAAUAAAGAGGAAAACGAAAAUACAAAAAUAAAAAGUAAUACAACAGAUGUAGCUGACAAAAUUAAAGACAGUAUAAGGAAAAUUGAAGAAAACGUUUAUGGUGAACGUGAAAUGAUACAUAGCAGUCAACAACCACCGGACAAAUUGCCAUUAACUAGAGGAAGCACUGUGAAUCAAAUGGUGAAUAUUCUUAUUAAGGAUCAAAAUUCACCACCUCCUAUGUCUCAUUUAAUCUCUUCAAACGCGACUAAUAUUAAUCAACCAUUUUCUUACACAAAGCCAAGUACUAGCCCUGACCCUAACCUUUUUAUAAGAACUACAAGUCCAGAUAGAGUUCCAACACCUGUAAACAAGAUGAAUGGUAAAGGCGUUGUCUAUGCUCAAGUGAGAAAGGAACCGAGUGAGACACGUGCUCAACAUAAUCAGAGUUUUCAUAAAAUGUAUCCGCCAUCCAAAGAUAAAUAUGGACAUUUAUCUGAUGAAGAUGAAGGUCUUGGAUAUGAAGAAAGGCAUAAACUAUCCAUAGAUCCCGCAUUUAAUUAUGAGUAUAAAAAUGGGUAUCAUAAUUCGAAUAACGCAGAUGGGUAUUUUGUUAAGGAAUCACCGAUAACACCAAGAUACCGAGAGUAUAAAAGAAUGAAUUUUGAUGAGUUUGAACCAACAUAUGCAAAUGGAAACGACCAUGACGGCAUUGACACAUUUAGGGGAAGAGCUGACGGAAUGGAUACAAAAAAGAAAACUAUAGAGCCUGAUGGAAAACCCAACUUAGAUUUUAAUGAAUUAAGUCAUAGAAGGGAACUAUUAGAAUCACGCUUAAAUGCUAGAAGAUUUGAUAGAGAAAAAAACAAUCUGAAUGAUCCCAUAUUAAAAUAUGUCAUGGAAAACGAUCCUAUUUAUGAGGCUGAAAAAAGGAUGAAACAAACAGAAAAAUAUGUUAAUGAUACUGUAAAAUAUUAUCGCCAUACUUUAGAAAGGGAUGGUUUUGAAAGUACAGUAACAGAAGAUUAUAAAUAUGACUUAGAUGAUAAUAAGCAUAAAUAUCACACGGAAUACAGGAAAAGUCAUAAGGUAAUCAAAGACGAUGGAGAUAGGCGGGAAUUUUUAGAUAGUUGGGAACAAAAUGAUUAUAAAGACAAAAGAAAAGUUUUCCCUCCGGAGCCUGAAUACGAACCGCCUAGUCUUGAAUUUCAUCAUGGCAAGCCCAUAUCAUCUCCCGACGAAUACAAAGAAAAGAAAUAUAAAAUAAGGAAACAAUUUAUUGCCAACGAUAUCCAAUCUGGUCAAAAAUAUCGUAAAGAUGAUAUUUUUGGUAAAAGAAAAGGACAUUAUGCAUCUAAUCCUGAAAUUGCUCAAGAGAGAGAAGAUGAUUACGCCAAUUUGCAUUAUAAUCCAAAACAGGAAACUUACCACAACUCUUUGCGCCGUCCAAAGGGAAAAGAAAGAGAUUUUAAAAAUUAUAGUGUUCGUCGUCGUGAUUCUAGAGAUAGUAGGGAUUAUUAUCGAGAACAAAGUUCUCCUCGUCGCUACGAUCUUGAUAACCGUUUAGUCGAUUCAGGUAUUGAGAAUGACUUUAGGCUAAAUUCAAGUGGGGAAAUACCUAGGAGUAGACAUAGAAGAAAUGAGAGCGAUGACAUGCGGAAUACUUCUCUUUUCUUAGUAAGUGAAAGACAGCACACUGAAGAUAAUAAUGUCUCAGAACAAAUAUAUGCAAACACAGAAAGUUUCUUAAGUCCCAGGGACAAUCGGAGUAGUAGUAAAAGAGAUUAUAUACCUAAGUACGUAGACGAUAAUUCCGUUAUUGAUCGCAAACGAUAUGAGAAAAGCCCUUCUAGAAAUGAUGAUAAAGUUAGUGCGAAACCGCCAAAAGCAGCAAAAAAAUUAUCUGGACUUGAAAAGGUGAAACAGCUGUUCUCUCGCGACUCUUCUAAGAAGAGCAAGAAAGAGAAAGAAGUAGUCCAGCCAAAAACACGCACUCGGGUGCUCAAGAGCCCUGAACAUCUUGCAAGAGACGACCCUGAAUACAGAAGAUAUACAGAUCCUGAGCCAAGUGAUAAUGAAGUUAAGAAGAAAGAAGAUAAAAAUGAGAGGAGAUACAAAUAUUCCAGGGAAGAUGUAGAUAGAUACAGGAGUUCUGAUUCACGUGAAAGCAUUGAAAGAAGGAGAGAAGAGAGACGUAGAGAAUCGGAUAUUGACGACAGGUUUGAAAGAACGUCAAAAGAAACAAGAAUGUACAAAGAGCACCACGAGGGAAAGAGACGCUACCACUCCUCCGACAGAGACAGCGAUCACCGAGCCUCAGAACUGGAGGGCGACAGGCGCAGGACAAAGUACACUCCACUGGACUCACCAGCUUUGGCGGAGAGAUACCGCGAGAGACGUCGGCUGGCGACACCGAGCCCGACCCCCUCCCCCCCGCGCCGGCAGCCUAGCGCCCAGACAUCCAACAACUGGUUCAAAUCCCUCGACAGACUCGGCAAGAAGAGAGACAAAACCUCUAAGGUCGAAAAAGAGAGCAUUGUAACCACUGAAGAUGAGUCUACGAGGCACUCCUGGUCCAAGCCCAGCAAGCCGCUGGGAACUCCGUCCAAAAAUCUCCGCUUCUUCGGCGACACUGAUCCGGAAUCCGACACCAAUAUCAAGCAAUCGUCAAACAAAGUCAAGAGCCAUCAAGCCAAGAGUCACGGAACCUUGCGGAAGACGGUUUCGAAUUCUAGUACCGGGCUAGAUGAGGUGGAUCACAGCGAGCUCUCCCAUAAGAGUUACUCGCUGUCCAAUUUGCACAGAGAAGAGAAGAGCGAGUCGCCAAGAACGAAGGAAUAUUACAAGAGAAAUUUACAGAAUAUCUCUGAAAUUCAAAGCAAUUCGGAGGCCGAGAGCAAUUUCGAUAGAAAAUUACACCCGAAGCCGCCGAUAAGCCCGUACGAACGCUCCAGAAGUCACAGUAGCUCGAAGACGCUGAAAGCGACUAAAGCAGACGUGAGGAGGCACGGAGCUGAUGAUAGGAGUUCCUCAGACUUGAGGAGCAGCAAACAGGAGCUACAUAGAGAUAUGAAGCAUCGUCGUCGCACCCCGGUGACUAACUCGGGAGAGAGCAGCACAGAAGGCGACUCUAGCCACCAGUCCCAGCGCAGCGUUGUUUAUUUACACGCCACAACAGUUGGCGAUAUACCAGACCCUGGGCGAGUGUCCCGACACCGGUCGCGCGACGACGUCUCCUCGGUCAUGUCUUCCAACGUCCAAGUGAAGACCACCACCAAAAGCUUCUCUCUGUUCGCGCCCUGGACUCCGCGACACCACAACGACCAAUACGACGUUCACUACGAACAGAAACCGAGAAAAUCUAAGCAAAGGGAGACCGCUUUCAAGAAGUCGUCAUCGACGAAAAACUUGAACGACGACAGGCCGGUGUCGCUGCAAAAAAACAAAUCCUACAGUCAGACGACUCUCAGCAGGCGCACUCCCAACGCUAGUAGCAGAUUAUCGAAUUCGAGCUCCACUUUGUACAGGCGCGACAAAAGAGGAAAAGAGAACGACGUACAAAACACGAUGUCUCGAAAGACUGUAAACGGGAGAAAGAGUAAGUCGAGUGAAAUCCUGAACAAAGAUGAUAGGGACAGAGUUUCUAGAUCGGUUUCCAUACCGAAGGAAAAGAAAGCAGGGUGGUUCAAGUUGACAAGUAAAAAUAAGAAACAGGAGACGUCCAGAGUCCGUUAAAUACUAAUUCGAAGUACUUUGAUUACACCUCUCGACAUAUUAACUUCUUUCACCUUGUAUGAGUGUAGAAACCCCUAUUUUAAAUUCACUUUCAAGUAUCAGUGAGUAAACCCUUAUUUAAAUCGAGCUACAACAUGAUAGAUAUUAUUAUUUUAACAUUUUUAGCAACUACUCAGUCAUUAUAUAUUUUUAUUUUCCUCCUAAUUCUAUGUUAGGUACCUAUAUCAAUACAUAUAAUAUUAUAAUAAUUUAUAAUACCUAUAAAUAUGCUUACUAGUUUGAAGAAGAUUUGAACUUCAAUUUAGUCGAAUUUUUAGUUGACCUUAAUAAAUACAGAGAUCUAGACCACGCCUCCGUUCAGUAGGCGUGGUCAUAAUCUUAUAAAAACUAUUUUUUUAAUUGACCUAUAUGUGCAAGAUGGCUGAAUAGUGACAGACAAAUAAAAUGGAUAGCUCAACAGCUAAAACAUUCCAAGUAAUAAAAUAUAAGCGAUUGAUUAUUAUUAUUUUUACAAUCAGCCAUACCUUCUUGGAAUAUGAGCGGUCUAAAAUUAUAUUUUUAAGUAUUUGUACGCUCUACCUACUUAUUUUAAGUGUUUUCCUUUUUCAUUCUUAACUACUAGGAGUACCAUUUGAAAUUCUAUUUGUACGUACCACAAGCAUUUGAGAUGGUGAACUUUCAAAAUUAUUGGUAAAGUUUUAAUUUUUAAUAAUAAUGUAAGUAAUUACUAUAUUCACUGUAUCGAUACAUAUUGUUUUAAAAUUGUAACUUUCAUUUUAAGAUAUUAUAUUUUAAGUGCCAUUUGCAAAUAAAAAUGUUACCAAUGUAGUCAUAAUUUUAACAGAUAUUUUUUAACACGGCUUCUACUAAUAAGUGUGAAGAAUGUACUUAUAGGUAAACUUAUAAGAGAUCUCUUCGCGACCUAAUGCUUUUUAUGUAAAUGUAGAUUGAAGUGUUUGCAUUGGGUUAAAAUAUUACUACUGUAUACCCCGAAAAAACAAAGGAUGUAUUAAUAAAAAAUUACAAAAUUUCUAAUAAA